AUGAAGUCUGAAAUUGAAACUUUUGAGGCUAAUCAUACCUGGUCUAUCACCACCCUACCUCAUGGAAAAGAAAUUGUUGGCUCAAUUCAUGGUUGGCACUUAGCUCAACUGGACGUGCAUAAUGCAUUUCUUAAUGGAGAUCUCAAUGAGGAGAUAUAUAUGGAUUUACCACCAAGUUAUGUGGUCCAUGGGGAGUCUUCUCAGAAGAAGAAUCUGGUCUGCAGGUUGCAUAAGUCGCUUUAUGGCUUGAAGCAAGCAUCUACACUCUUGGUUUAUGUUGACGAUAUAAUUGUAGGGAGCAACAAUUUGGUUGCCAUUGAAACUGUCAAAACGUUCCUACACAAUCAAUUCAAGAUAAAGGAUCUUAGUUCCUUGAAGCUCUUCUUGGGGAUAAAAGUGGCUAGAACUGCAGCUAGUAUUCACAUUUGUCAGAGGAAGUACACUCUUGAGAUCUUAGAAGAUGCUAGCAUGCUUGGUUGUAAACCUGUUAAUACCCCAAUUGAAACAAACCAUAACCUGUCUCACUCUUCUACUGAUGUGCUCACAUAUGUAACAAGCUAUUGGAGACUAAUUGGGAGACUUAUUUACUUAACAAUCAGCAAACCAGACAUUACCUAUGAUGUGAGUGUUCUUAGUCAAUUCAUGGAUAAACCAGCUCAAAUUCAUUUACAUUAUGCUCACAUAAUUUUUAGAUACUUUAAGGGUUCGAUUGGUCAAGGGAUUUUCUCUUUAGCUUCUUUGCAUUUUAAAGCUUAUAGUGAUUCAGAUUGGGCAGCAUGUCCUGAGACUCGAAAGUCAGUUAUUGUUUUCUGUAUCUUUCUUGGAGACUCAUUAGUGAGUUAA